ACAGACGAAAUAGAAAGCAGCAUGUUGCCCAUUUUCGCGCUUUGCUGUGUGCUGGCGGCCACAUCUGCAACGACUGAUGCUCCUGGCGAGUCUUUGGCGGAGUUGGAGGAUGCCCUGCUGAGGAAUCUUUUCAAGGGCUACCAGAAAUGGGUGCGACCUGUACUUCAUGCCAAUGACACCAUCACUGUACGCUUUGGACUCAAGAUCUCACAGUUGGUGGAUGUGGAUGAAAAGAAUCAGCUGAUGACUACAAAUGUCUGGCUGUGGGAGGAGUGGACAGACUAUAAGCUGCGCUGGAACCCUGAUGACUAUGGAGGCAUCACAUCCAUCAGAGUCCCGUCUGAGAGCAUCUGGCUUCCUGAUAUAGUGCUGUAUGAGAAUGCGGACGGGCGGUUCGAGGGCUCUCUGAUGACCAAAGCAAUAGUGAAGUGGAACGGCACCAUUAUGUGGACGCCUCCAGCCAGCUACAAGUCCUCUUGCACCAUGGACGUCACCUUUUUCCCCUUUGACCGUCAGAAUUGCUCCAUGAAGUUUGGCUCUUGGACCUACGAUGGCAACAUGGUGGACCUGGUGCUGGUGGACCACUAUGUGGACCGCAAGGACUUCUUUGACAAUGGCGAAUGGGAGAUCCUCAACGCCACGGGAAACAAGGGCAGCCGGCGAGAUGGACUUUACUCCUUCCCGUUUGUCACCUACUCCUUCAUCCUGAAGAGGCUCCCGCUCUUCUACACCCUCUUCCUCAUCAUCCCCUGCCUAGGUCUGUCCUUUCUGACUGUCUUGGUCUUUUACCUGCCGUCAGAUGAGGGGGAGAAGCUGUCUCUCUCAACCUCUGUGCUGGUGUCACUUACGGUGUUCCUGCUGGUCAUCGAAGAGAUCAUCCCCUCCUCCUCCAAGGUCAUCCCGCUCAUUGGGGAGUACCUGCUUUUCAUCAUGAUCUUUGUCACCUUUUCUAUCAUCGUCACGGUUUUCGUGAUCAACGUACACCACCGCUCCUCGGCCACCUACCACCCCAUGGCCCCCUGGGUGAAGAGCGUGUUUCUGCAGAGGCUCCCGCGACUGCUGUGUAUGCGUGGCCACACAGACCGCUUGCGCUACCCAGACAUGGAGCUGCGCAGCCCUGAACUGAAGAGAAAGAAGGGUGGAGCUGGAGCUGGAAGUGGAGGUGGUAUGCUGGGGCCGAAGGAGGAGAGCGAAUGGGUUUCUAUGCUGGAGAAAGCAACUUACUCAGUACGAUACAUCUCACGCCAUAUACGCAAAGAGCACUUCAUCCGAGAGGUGGUGCAAGAUUGGAAGUUUGUGGCGCAGGUCUUAGAUCGGAUCUUCUUGUGGACCUUUCUCUCUGUGUCUAUUUUGGGCACCAUCCUCAUCUUUACUCCAGCGCUGAAUUUGUACUUCAGCACACCCUAG